AUGACCUACUCGAACGAGCUUGAGAGUAAAAUUAAGGACUACCUGAGCAGCUUGAGCCCGCAAGCGGUCGAGGCACUGGUCAGCAAUUUGGAGCAGGCCAAAGGCAAGAACAAUUCUGAUCCGCAUCUCAGCUUGAUCCUGACAGCCGCCGUUACACUCAUGCGCAAGCCGCAGACUUUUGCCGGCGGUAUACCGAACGGCAAGUUCCGGCGCGCGCAGGUUCAAAGGAUGUUCUUCGCACCUCUCAAUGAUUUCCUGAUCGGUGAAACCCUGCCCAACCGGCAGGAAGGCCGGAUCAAUCGGAUCAUGCUGGACCGGGUCUGGAACUGGCUCGGCAGGGAUGUGAUCCCGAACGACGUCAAGACCGUGCUCGAUCAGGCCGGCGAUGCGACCGUCAGCGACGAGCGGGUCGUUGCUCUUGUGCAGGCGCUCAGAACCCGGUCCGUGGAAGCGGUCGAGGAGACGUUGGAACGCAGCGAGAUAUCGGACAAGGUGCGGCGCCAGAUCGGCGUGGAACUUGGCGGCGAGCGUGGCAUUUCCGAACUCAGGGACAUUCACAAGAUCUUCGCCGCCGAACGCUGGCUGGUACCGUUUCUGCAAAGCAUUCCCGAGCGGAUCAACGAGCAUCGUCUCAAGCAGGACCAUGAUGUGUUGCGCCUCGUGGACAAAUGUUCAGCGCGCUUUCCGGAUCACGUUCCCCUGCUCGCCGCGGCGCUGGUUGAACGUUCCGAGGCGCCGUCCGCGCUUUGCACAUUCGCGGGCCGUCUGGCUGGAGACCAGGAUCCCAAGGUUAUUGCCGGAUCGCAGUUCGCCUCCAUGGUCGACGUUGUGAUGAGCGAGGCGGAACGUCUGCAGAUACUCGCGCUUGAGCACAGGAACAACAAUCCGGACCCGGUCGCGUUUUCGCAGGCACUGUCAGAAUAUCAUACGCUUGUGCGCGGUGUUGAACGGGACAUGGACCUUUCCAUUUCCGGACGAUGGCAUCAGCGGUUGGCGGACACCAAGCGAAACAUCUCCGGUGAGGUCACGCGCGAACUCAAAAACGCUCAUGGGGCCAUUCGCAGGGCACUGCAGGUACCCAAAUUCGACGGGGACGGUCAGCUCAGGAUAGAACAGCCGGCAAUCGACGAAGCCAUUCGGACCUUGCGCGUCGUCACGAUGGCACGGAAUGCAUCCGAGACGUUUGCGGUAAACGAAAUAGGCAAGCAAACGCGUCAAACGGUUGAACAGACUCUUGAAAUUGUCACUCGUUCACUGAUCACCGACCUUGGAAGACUGCAUGGCCAGGAGGCGGAGGCGCAGCUUGCGGCAGUGGAUGUCGCGAUCAUGCUUUCUGAAAUCUAUUUUGGCGCAGAAUAUGCCGGUCAGCUUCGCCGCAGCCGUCAGUCCGCGGUGGCAAAGGCAACCGGCAAGGAAAAGAAGAACGAACCUGCGCCGGAACGCAAACUUGUUUCAAACGCACUCGAGCGCUGGUAG